AUGGCUGGUAGACUAUUCUCAAUGUCAACGGGUAUGACGAUCAUACACUUUGCCCUAUCAAUCAUACUGUUUGCAGAGGCCAUCGUAUUAUUUAUAGCAAAGGAUCUAGUUGCCUUCAAUGGCCUACUUAUAUUGUUGUUUAGCGUCUGGAUGGUAGCGACUGCAUUGCACGGUUGGAAGUACUAUCAACAGUACUACUUCAUGUAUACAUAUGGUGGAAGAGGUGUAUUCUAUUUAGUUGUUGGACUACUGGUAUGGGGCAGCAAUGAUAGCAACUACUUCUCUGGUGUGGUCAGCAUCCUAUUCAUUCUGUUUGGCAUUGCUGGCAUUGGCUUGGGCGGAUUCUCUGUUUACGAACCACCUCGUCCUAUCAUUGGACCAGAGGACUUUAUCCCAUUAGGUGAGAAGAAGGUGUCACUCUCCUCACAGCAAGACUCACUCGAGGAUGGUCUUGGAUCCUCCUCCUCCUCAAUAUCAUCGAUGCCUCCAACAAUCACAAGUCAACAACCAACCUUUUCACUAUAA